AUGGUUCUCUCUGAUGGAGAGUAUGAUAUUGACUUGGGUGAUGUAUUUGGAAGACAAGAAAGCAGUUCGAGUCUAGCCAUUCGCUAUGAUCUUGGGCCAAAUUCAUUAGAUGAAGUGGCUAAAUUAACCAUGUAUGAGAAGGAAAGAGAUUGUAUUUUGAAAGUGAGGUCUAUAAAUAGUAUAGAGAUGGAUGAAAUAUAUGAAAGUAGUUUUCAUAAGUAUAAAUCACAAGUCAAUGGAGUCAAUGACCUGUUUUAUUUAAAUAUGGUACCUGACAAGGAUGGUAUGCUUAAAAUGAAGAGAUUGAACAAGACUAUGAAACUUGACAAAAAGCAGAAUCAUCUUAACGUAGAAAGAAAGCUUAAGUCGUGGCUAGAGCCCCACCAGAAGAAUGAGGAGACAAAAGCUCCGCCAAAGGCAUUAGAUAAAACAACUGAACGGUCUACAGUAGGGCGAUCAGGUCCGAGGAGGUUUGUCGCCUCGAAGCGACCACCUACUGUAUCAGGGAAUGAAGAUAAAAGUACAAAUCGGAGCACUGAUAUAAAGAGUCUGAGUGAUCCAGAGACAGAUAAGGCGCCAAUAAAGGCACUCAAAGUUGCCGAAGAAAACAAUGAACAGAAUGAGAGUGGAUCAGAUGAUUUCGAUGAUUUGGAGAAUCAGCUUCAAGAAGUCUUGGCCAAUAAUGGCUCCAAUGAUAUGGAUGAUGCUAGUGGAAGCAAUAGGUUUCAUUUCAAAGAAGCUAUCAGGUUCAGUAAUGAAGAGCCCCGAACAAAAACUCCGCUAUUCAGUCCCAAACAAAACGGUAAACCCAAGAGUCUUUCAAGCUAUUUAAAUACCGGGGAUGAUAGCAGUAGUGAAGAAGAGUGA